CCCAAACACUGGACUCUGCUGUCACAGACACUGGCAGCUCUGCAGGAGAAGAGAGAUGAUGGCCAUCCUUAUAGCUCUUGUACUUUUGAUUGCUGGGUUCUGCCCUGCUGUUCUCUGCCAACCAGAUGGUACAAUAGGAACCACAGUCCAAGAAGAAAAAAAUAGUGGGGCAGGAGUGGACAAUCUAGCACUGGCCUCGACCAAUACUGACUUCGCCUUCAGCGUCUACAAGGAGCUGGUUUUGAAGAAUCCAGAUAAAAACAUUGUCUUCUCCCCACUCAGCAUCUCAGCUGCCUUGGCCGUCCUGUCCCUGGGAGCAAGCAACAACACACUGCAAGAGGUUCUAGAAGGUCUCAAGUUCAAUCUCACAGAGACCCCUGAGGCAGACAUCCACCGGGGCUUUGGGCAGCUCCUCCUCAUGCUCAGUCAGCCAAAUGAGGAGCUGCAGAUCAGCAUAGGCAGCACCAUGUUUGUUGAAAAGCAACUGCAGAUCCUGGCAGAGUUCAAGGAGAAGGCGAGGGCGCUGUACCAGGCAGAGGCCUCAAGUGUCAACUUCCAGCAGCCUCAUGAGGCCAAAAAGCUCAUCAAUGACUAUGUGAGGAAUCAGACCCAGGGGAAGAUCAAGGAACUGAUCUCGGACCUAGAUGAGAGCAUAUUAAUGGUGUUGGUGAACUACAUCUACUUUAAAGGGAAAUGGAGGACGCCCUUUGACCCUGAUUCCACAUUUGCGUCUGACUUCUACUUGGACAACGAGACGACUGUGGAGGUGCCCAUGAUGAAACUUAAAUUUCUGAGCACACCCUACUUCCGGGAUGAGAAGCUGUCCUGCAGUGUGGUGGAACUGAAGUACACAGGCAAUGCCAGCGCCCUGUUCAUCCUCCCUGAUCAAGGCCGGAUGCAGCAGGUGGAAGCCAGCCUGCAGCCAGAGACCCUGAGGAAGUGGAGGGACUCUCUGAAGCCCAGCAUAAUUGAUGAGCUCUACAUGCCCAAGUUCUCCAUCUCCAGUAACUACAGCCUGGAGGGCAUCCUUCAACAGCUGGGCAUCAGAGAACUCUUCUCCAUACGGGCUGACCUGUCUAGGAUCACAGGGACCAAGGACCUGAGAGUCUCUCGGGUGGUCCAUAAGGCUGUGCUGGACGUGGCUGAGAUAGGAACAGAAGCAGCGGCUGCCACGGGAAUGAUGUUGAUGGGAUCGGCUCUGAUUUUGGAACCUCUGGAAGUGCAUUUUGACAGGCCGUUCCUGAUGAUAAUCUUUGACACAGAUACUCAGUCUUCACUCUUUAUGGCCAAAGUCACAAAUCCCAAGGAAAACUAGAACUUCCCAAGUGGUGAGGCUUCUUCCUGGGAGCCAGGGAUUAAGCCUGUAUGUGGGUCUCUACGUGCAUUUUGGCCUCCAUGCUCUGAUUGGCUGUGGUGUGCCUGGAUUGGACAGUGGCAGCGACUAACUGUAUGGCUCGACCAAGCGCAGGGUUCUGAGGACAGACAGUGUCAGGUUCCCAUCCUCUUGGCAGCACUAGCUCAUGCUCCUGAGCCUGAACUCUGUCUUUGUGGCCCCUCCCUGCUGCCUCUCCUCUAUGUGCCUAUGCCCAAAGCUUGGGCCCUGGCAGGUAGACUCAGUUCCUAUCAAGGCUCUGGUUAUGUCUGCCUUUAUGUUCCUCAGCCUUUAUGGGAGGAUGCACACUUAGAGGUCAACCAUGUUCCCUCAUGCCCAGGACUUAGAAGGGAAACAACCACCCUGAGUCAAUUUCCUGCAUCUGCAACUACUUGGUGUUCAGUUCCUGCCUCACCCUUUUCCUCUUUCACUCUCUGCCAACCCCUGUCCCUUGCAGGGUCUCCUGGUCCUGCCCACAUCCCGCACAGUGUUGGAGCACUCGCUCCUGCAGCUGCCUGGAGCUGGUUGGUCUGACCAGCUCCUUUCCCCAGUACACCUGUUAGUAUUUGGGCAUCUGUACUGGCCUGACCUGGGUACACAUCCUCAGCCACUAA